CGCCGUCUUAGUUGAGUUCCCCAAGUUGACCUUACAUUUCAGUGCAGGAAUUACAGAGUAAGAAGAAGAGACUACAAACAAGAUGUCAGGACGUGGCAAAGGAGGAAAAGGGCUCGGAAAAGGAGGAGCUAAAAGACACCGUAAAAUCCUUCGCGACAACAUCCAGGGCAUUACCAAACCCGCCAUUCGUCGUCUCGCUCGAAGAGGUGGUGUCAAGCGAAUUUCUGGGCUCAUUUACGAAGAAACGAGAGGCGUUCUGAAGGUUUUCUUGGAGAAUGUCAUCCGUGAUGCUGUCACAUACACCGAGCAUGCUAAGAGAAAGACGGUUACAGCAAUGGAUGUUGUCUACGCUCUUAAACGACAAGGAAGGACGCUGUAUGGAUUUGGAGGCUGAAGAAUUGAAUUAAAAUCAUCGCAUGAACGCACAGAAAUUCAGAACACUAAAUAAAUUGAGCUGUAAAAUUGACGAACAGGCGAGGGAAAGUAGAUAUUGCGUAAAAUAUAUAUGACGCACAAACUUCAUUAAGGAGUUGUAAGGAGUUCUCAUUAUUAUUGGAUUUUGAGUACAAUCUCAUCAAUCUGUUUUUUCAAGUUAUUUUAUUGAACAAGUUAUCUUUACUUUAUGUACAUUUAAUUAUGUAAAUAGGAUUUUCAUCAUGUCAAACUUGUACAAUGAUAAUUUGCAUUUUGCCAUUAUAUUUUCGACUUGGAAUAAACGUUUUACAAAGGCA